AUGGCGCACAGUGCUACUCCGCCUCCAGCAAACCCCAGCUAUGAGGACAUCGUAUGGCUGGCUGGUCCAAGGCUGUUGGGCCUCGUUUUCAAUUGGGGCUUGCUCGGAGUGCUCACGGCGCAGGUGUAUAUUUAUUUUCUCCAUUUUCCCCAGGACCGGCGUGUCCUUAAGGGCUUUGUUUAUUCUGUAUAUAUUUUGGACAUUGCACAGACUAGCGCCGCGACCUAUGACGCUUUUCAAUGGUUCGUGCUUGGUUGGGGGAACAUCACCUCUCUGUACAACCUGUAUACGGGUUUCUUGAACGUCCCAAUUAUCUCAAGUAUUGUUGGCGGUGCUGUACAGAUAUUCUUUGGAUGGCGUAUUUGGGCGUUGUCGGGUUCAUACUCCAUCUUCGGUCUGAUCGUACUCCUCGCUGUGGUCCAACUCGGUGGCGGCAUAGGCGUUGCAUAUUUUAUAUAUAAUGAUCCAAGCGAGGUUACUCGCUCGCCAGGACUUGUUUACGCGGUAGGAAUUCGUCUCGGCGGAAGUGCGCUCGUGGACGUGGUCAUUGCAAUCGUAAUGACAUACUACCUAAUCCAAAGUAAGGAACGAGCGCAAGGGCGCAUGAACAACAUCCUCACUCGACUCGUGCGGCUUACGAUCGAGACCGGCACUAUAACAGCCAUCGCUGCAAUCGUCGACCUUGUCUUCUUCCUGAAGGCACACAACGCGAUGCACCAGGUCACCGGCGUCACUCUCGCCAAACUGUACAGCAACACUCUCCUCGUCAUCUUCAACAACCGCCUUAUCAUGAUCGCCGACCCCUCAUUCGAGCAACCGCCGAGUGUCAUUCGCCCCUCUGUCGUAUCAUCCAACGCCCGAGGCGAGAGUCCUGUGCCUUUGAGCGAGUUCAGGAUCACGAGGCACACUAAGAGUGAUUCAGACUUUCUGAAGAGCGCGACUCCAAGCUUUUGGAACCAGGAGAGCAGGACGCGCGAAGUGAAGGAAUACCACUUACCAGUAGCUGGGCCGCUUGAACCGCGACGAUACAUGGGAGCAUAGAGUACAUGGCGUAUCCAUGGUCGCACGACAGGGAACACUUCCCCCGACGCCUUCAAGCGUUUCAUUGAUUUCCCCCAUCCGUAUAUACGCAUAAUCUGUCGCAACUCUCCUUCGCGGUUUCUUUCUUUUGUAUCAGUGUGUGUAUUUAUUUGUAGGACUGCUUUGUAGUAUCGUGACUAGUUUACGCCGGUGUCGCUCGUUAGCAUAUAUAGUUUUGGAUUCGUAGUAGGGAUACGAACAGAACGCAAUCAUUUCAAUUUAGUAUAUACGUAGUCUAACCAAUGUCU